ACUUUUUAUUCUCUGUGUCAGGCUUAUAGAUAGGGAAUUGCAGAAAACUUACACACUUGGCACUAAACUCAAAUGUCACGGCUCACUUAUAAAUGUUACCUUCUCCAUAAAACCUUCCAAAUCUCUGCCUCCCCUCUGAUGGAAUUAAUUUCCCCCAAAUUUCUACCUUUCUAGUAUUUAUUUCUGUAAGGCUGUGUUCUUCAACUCUAGGUGUCUGGACCUGAGUGUGCAAACAUACUCUCUGAGGGAAGAGAGUAUGCUGCCAGAAUUUUAAAAUUUCAAUGUUAAUGUAAAGAAAUUUAUAUGAGCAUAUUCUUGGAUCAUCUGGGAUGUUCACCUUAUAACCGGUUAUUAUCAUGUACUUUCAGGGUUAUGAUUGUGCUUAAUUAUGUCAGUCUAAUGAGAAAAGAACAAAAAUAGGCUUGUUACAUAAAUGAUUCAUUUGGUACCAAGUAAAGGCCAGAUGACAUCAGAGUGAGCUAAGUCACAAGUUUGCAGUAGUUUGAGUAGAAAGAAAUGGUGGGAAUAUUUAAUCAUUCAUACACACUAGACUAAAUAUAGGUGUUGCCAAACCCAAAUGUAUCUGAGAAAUAAUGGGAAAGUAGCAGUCAGUACAGUAUUCAUGCUGAGUUCAGUAUUUCAUUUUAGCAAAAAUGUAUAUUAUAGUAAUUUCAAAUCUGUUAGUUUUAAAGCUUUUAUGUGCAUAAUUUGUAAAUGUUUUGUAUUAUAUAUGAAUAAGAUCUGGAAACAAAAUAGUUUAUUCUCAUCUAUAGUUUUAUUUUUCUAUACAUUUCAAUAACAUAAUAAUUUAAUGAAUUUAAGUCAGCAUAGGUGUCCAUGAGAUUUUCUUUUCUUAAGCGGUCUAUACAUAAUUAAAUCUCAGAAUAUUAUGUUAGAACAUUUAUCUGCCUUAUGUGAUUAGUUCUGUGUUUGUCUCACCUAUUAGAAUGUAAAGUUCUUACAAUUCUAGUUCUUACAUCCUUACAACGCAAAGAUGAAUAUUUUAGAGUCAGGUCACAAUGCCUUGUACCUAAUAGUAGCCCAGCAGGUGUUUAUGCAAUAAACUUGCCUGUACUGGCAUGCUAAGUAUGAUAUACAGAGAAUUAGCAGACAUUUUUGCCCUAGUGUGUCGAUGAUUUGUCAGAUCGAACUAGCAUGCUUAAAUACAUGGGAAAUGUAAACCAACAACCAAACCUGUUGUGGUUGAGUCGAUUCCAACUCACAGUGACACUUAUAGGACAGAGUAGAACUUCUUUAUACGGUUUCCAAGGAGUGGCUGGCAGAUUCGAACUGCUGACCUUUUGGUUAGCAGCAGACUCUUAACCACUCUGCCACCAGGACUCCAGGAAACAUAUAGGGAGUAUAUAUAUUUAACAAUUUUAAAUUCAGAUGAAUCAACAGAUUGCUCUUUUUAAAUUAAAUAUCCCUAGAUUUUUGAUCACUUACAGUGUCUUACGAAUUAUAUAAUUAAAUUGUUUUCUUCUUAGCAAAGAUCUAUUAUCAGGAUGACUGGGGAAUGAAAAAGGUUUCAUUGCAGGCCAGAACUGAGUAGGGGAAUGUAACCAGAGUGCUUCAGGGAAAAAGACAGGGCACCAUUACAAAAACGUAGUUUUUUACAGUUAGGGUAGCUUGAAAGCAUUGGUUCCUCAGAGAAGAAAAUGGAAGGGGAUAUGGGAUGGUACUAAAGGUACUGUCUCCCACCUUUGGGGUGUUGCUUGAAGCCACGAUGCCUAGGCAAACCAAAAAAACCAAUUUCGACUCAUAACAACUCUAUAGGACAGAGUAGAACUGUCCCAUAGAAUUUCCAAGAGCAACUGGCAGAUUCAAACUGUCAACCUUUUAGUUAGCAGCUGAGCUCUUAACCACUGCACCACCAGGGAUUGCUUUAAUUUAGUUGGAAAUAAAACUGGCAUAAAUUAAGAUCCUCUAAAAUAAUAUAGUAAAUACAUUUUUUCCUUUUCUAAUUCUGUUAUCAUAGAUAUUUGUAUAAUAAUUUGCCAUAGCAUAGCACUCUCCUGUCUUGCUAACUUCUUCAUUGUCUUCCUGUGUCCUACUUAAUCAAAUUGAACUACCUAUUCCUGAAUUUCAAGGCCUUUCAGAUUUAGCCUUGUCCUCCUAGCAUUAAUCCAAAAAACACAAAAUAAUAAAUGUUGGGGAGGUUGUGGAGAGACUGGAACACUUACACACUGCUGGUGGGGAUGUAAAAUGGUACAACCACUUUGGAAAUUUAUUUGGCACUUCCUUAAAAAGCAAGAAGUAGAACUACCAUAUGAUCCAGCAAUCCCAUUCCUUGGAACAUACCCUAGAGGAAUAAGAGACAUCACACAAAUAGAUACGCACACCCAUGUGCAUCACAGCACUGUUCACAAUAGCAAAAAGAUGGAGACAGCCUAGGUGCCCAUCAACAGAUGAACAGAUAAACAAAUUAUGGUAUAUUCUCACAAUGGAAUAUUACACAACAAUAGAGAACAAUGAUGAAUCUGUGAAACAUCUGAUGACAUAGAUGAAUCUGGAAUGCAUUAUGCUGAGUGAAAUUAGUCACAAAAGGACAAAUACUGUAUGAGACCACUAUUAUAAGAACUCAAGAAAAGGUUUAAACACAGAAGAAAACGUUCUUUGAUGGUUAUGUGGGUGGGGAAAGAGGGAGAAGGGAAUUCACUAACUAGAUAAAAAACCAAAGCAAACCCACUGCCGUCGGGUUGAUUCCGACUCAAAGCAACCCUAUAGGACAGAGUAGAACUGCCCCAUAGAGCUUCCAAGGAGCACCUGGUAGAUUGGAACUGCCGACCUUUUGGUUAGCAGCUGUCGCACUUAAGCACUAUACUGCCAGGGUUUCCACUAACUAGAUAGUAGACAAGAAUUAUCUUAGGUGGCCAAAACCCGAACCAAACCCACUGCUGUCGAGUCGAUUCGGACUCAUAGCGACCCUAUAGGACAGGGUAGCACUGCCCCGUAGAGUUUCUAAGGAGUGCCUGGUGGAUUUGAACUGCCGACCUUUUGGCCGUAGCACUGAACCGCUACACCACCAGGGUUUCUGUCAUCUUAGGUGAAGGGAAGGACAAUACACAAUACAGGGGAAGUCAGCACCACUGGACUAAACCAGAAGUUAAGAAGUUUCCUGAACAUAACCAAACACUUCGAGGGACAGUGUAGCACAGAGGCAGGGUUCUGGGGACCAUGAUUUCAGGAGACAUCUAGGUCAACUGGCAUAACAAUGUUUAUUACGAAAAUGUUCUGUAUCCCACUUUGGUGAGUGGUGGCGUCUGGGGUCUUAAAAGCUAGUGAACAGCCAUCUAAGAUACAUCAGUGGGUCACAACCCACCUGGAGCAAAGCCAAAUGAAGAACACCAAAGACACAAGGAAAAUAUUAGCCCAGGAGACAAAAGGGGCCACAUAAACCAGAGACUCCAUCAGCCUGAGACCGGAAGAACUAGAUGGUGCCCAUCUACCACCAGUGACUGCCCUGACAGGGAACACAACACAGAGUCCCUGAUGGAGCAGGAGAAGAGUGAGGUGCAGAACUCAAAUUCUAAUAAAAAGACCACACUUUGUGAUCUGACUGAGACUGGAGGAACCCCAGAAGAUAUGGCCCCCGGACUCUCUGUUAACCCUGAACUAAAACAGUUCCCAAAGCCAACUCUUCAGACAAAGAAUAGACUGGACUAUAAGACAUAAAAUGAUACUCAUGAAGAGUGUUCUUAGUUCAAGUAGAUAUAUGAGACCAAGUGGGAGGUUCCUAUCCAGAGGUGAGAUGAGAAGGCAGAAAGGGAUAGGAGCUGGUUGAUGGACACAGGAAAUCUGGGGUGGAAAGGAGGAGUGUGCUGUCACAUUAUAGGAAUAGCAACUAAGGUCACAUAACAAUGUGUGUUUAAAUUUUUGUAUGAGAAACUAACUUGAGCUGUAAACUUUCACCUAAAGCACAAAGAACAACAGCAACAAAAAUUAGCCUUUUCCUAUCUACCUAACUUCAUUUUCCUCUACUUUCCAACACACAGAUUCUUUUCUAAUCACAAUACUCCUUUUGGCACAACAUACGGUGAUUAUUUUGUCUGCAUGUUUGUCUUUUUCUCCACAUCAUUCCUUUUCUUGAAAUACUAUUACCUCUCCUUAUCUAAUGUCAAUUUGCCCUUCAGGUAGCCUUGCUGUCUUUUCUGAGAACUGUAAACUUCACUGAGAUCACUUUCCUACUAGCAUUUGAUCUUUAUCUGCAGCCCCCAGAUUUCUCUUUUAAAUCGUAGGGCCUCUAUUUUCACCUUCUGUGUACAUCCAUAAGGAGCCCUGAUGGCACACUGGGUAAGCACUCGGCUGCUAACUGAAAGGUCAGCAGUUGGAACUAACCAGCUGCUCUGCAGGAGGAAAGGCCUGUGAUCUGCUUCUGUAAAGAUUACAACCUAGGAAACACUAUAGGGCAAUUCUACCCUGACCUGUGUAGGGUCACUUUGAGCUGGAAUCGCCUUGAUGGUACACGACAACAUGUCCAUCCAUACUGGCUAUCCCACAGGCACUUAUUCAGCAUGUCCAAACUUGAACUUUUUUUUUUUUUUUCAAUUUCCCAUAAACCUUAUCCUUUUUAUAUAUUCCCUGUAUUUGUCAGCGAUAUCAACACACGCUCAGCCACCAAGCUGAAAUUAUUAGAUACCUUCAACUACUUCAAAAACUCACAUCUAAUCUGCCAUCAAAUCCCAUUGAUUCUCUAUGUGCAGUGUAGUAAGAAGAGCUAAUAUUUAUGGAGUGUUUACUGUGUGCCAGGUACUAAUCUAAGCAUUUGACCUGUAGUAACUCUUUUAAUCAUCUUAACAACUUUAAGAACUAGACAAUAUUAUCCCCAUUUUAUGUAAGAGAGACAUUAUGCAUUUGCUAAUAGAGGUUACACUCCACCCCCAUGAAGCAGUCCAGCCCCUGCCCCCCAAAAAAGGAAAGAAAAGGGAAACAGCAACAGCCACACUCGAAUAUGAUCUAGCCUGCUUUUAAUAUACAAAAAAUAAAUAGGACAGUAGGACAUGUUAAAUGACAUUAGGAAGAUGUAAUCAGGAAUGUCCAGAAUGUGGGAUACUCUGUAAGUCAAAGUAUGUAGCUUUUUCAACUAAAAAUUUCAAAGAAAUAAAAGACUGGCUGAAGAUAAGGGUUACAGGUUAAAAGAGACUUGAGAGACACAUCAGCCAAUUCCAAUGUAUGAGUAUUAUUUAAAUCCAGAUACAAGCAAGCAAACAUUUUAAGAUAUUUUAAAAUAUUUUAAGACAACCAGAAAAAUUUAUAUAGUGACUGUAUAUUUGAUAUUAAGUCUUAUUGUUAAAAUUAUUUUAGGUUUGAUGAUGGUGUUAGACUAUAUAAAAAGCAGAAGUGUUUAGCACAAAAGUAUAGGCAUUAGAGGCUGAGGUUGAAAAUAAAACAUGUGUUCACCAGGUAUUUUUUUACUUAGCACCUUUGAUAAAAAGGAUUUGUUCAGGGAGGUGACAGAACAUUUAUCCUAAUACUUAAUCACAUCUAAAAUAAUUUUUCAUAAUUUUGCUAAUCCAUGCUUUUUUGGCAAACAAAAAAUUGACUAUUAUAAGUUUUAUAUGUUCUCUAAUAUUUAGUGUUUGUUUCAUAGAAAUAGGGGAGCUCAAGGGAAUAGAAAUCAACAUUUUUAGAACAUGUAUAAAAAUGAUAAUAAUAAUACAGUGAAACCUGUGAGAGCUGGAACUCAAUGGAACUGCCUUGUUUUUCUGAGUCUUGCAAGUUUGCCAGUCACUGCUUAUGAGUUUAUUGUUUUAACUUAUUUCAUCCUCCUAUUUUGGGUAACAGCUUCAUGGAACCCUGGUGGCACAGUGAUUAAGAGUUUGGCUGCUAACCAAAAGGUCAGCAGUUCAAAUCCACCAGCCACUCCUUGGAAACCCUACAAGGCAGUUCUCCUCUGUCCUAGAGGGUCGCUAUAGAGUGUCUGAGUUGGAAUUGCAUGGCAGUGGGUAUGGUUUUGGGUUUUAACAACUUCAUGAAAUAGGUGUCAUUAUUAUCCUCAUUUAACAGCUGGGGAAACUGAGCUAUGGAGAGGUUAAGAAAAGUUUCCAUGGUCACAUGGCUAUCAAGUGGUGAAGUUCAGGGUUCAAACUCAGGCAGGGCCUGUAUUACUAACUAUUAUGUUACAUUAAUUCUCUUUUUGCCACAGCACCAGAUACUUUGAGUUGUUGAUAAUUUAUAAAGUUUUAUUUAUUUUUUCCAACAACGACACGCAUUUGUCAUUUGUUUAUUCAUUCACUCAACAAAUGUAUAUUCAGGCAUGGGACUGUUCUAGGCGUUAAGAAUACAAUGGUGAGCAAAAAUAGACGUGGUUGAGUAUUUUUGACCUUAUUUAGGUCUAAUAUGCAUGAGAGACACUAAUCAAAUAAUUAUACUAGGAAAUUUAGAACUACAUCUGUGAUCGGUGGGAUAAAGGAAUAGUAUAUUGUGCUUUGAGGGCACAUCAUAGGAGGACCUGACCUAAUGUGGGAGGAAGGUUAAGGACUGCUUCCUCAGGACAUUAUAUUUGCCUGGAUAUGAGGGGUUAGUAGGAAUUAGCUAGCCGAAGAGGUUCUGGCAGGGGCAGGUGGUGAACAAUGGCUGGUGUGUACCUUACAGAAAGGGACCAACAUGUGCAAAGUCCCUGUGGUGUAAGGCAAUGUAGUACUUUGAAGGAAAGAAUGGAAGACCAGUGUAGCUGGCGUAUAGAGAGCAAGGGUGAUUGUGGUGGUGUGUGUGGUAAGCAACCAAGAGAUACAUGGCAUAGUAGACUUGGAUAAGGAUUUUUUUUCUUUAAGGGUAAUAAGAAAUGUUUGAAGUAUGUUUAAAUUAUCAACAACUCAGUUUUAAUUGUGGCUUACAGAGGUUAAUUAAUUUUCCUGUAUAUCAUGAUCUAAGAACAUCUGAAUCUAGCAUCUGAACUACCGUACUUCUUAGAAAUACAAAUCUAAGAAAUGGGUAAGAAAUUACAAGCUUUAUAAUUAUAAGCUGGGACCUGAAAUUGUUUAUUACUUUAUCAGUUCGGCAGAUGACUACUGAAUGCCUACUAUGUUUCAGGGAUGUGAUUUUGUCCUUUGCAAGUGCAGUUACGGUUAUAUUAUCUAUUAGCUCUGUUUUUGACCUGUUGCUUCUCAGUCAACAGGUGAAACCACAGUGUACGACAGUGACCAUUAGAACAAAUAUAUGGCCUGUUCUUUCUUUUACUUUUGGAUCCCUGCCCUCUAAGGGAGAACUAACAAUGAAGGCUAAUUUGUACCAGUUUUCAUAUAUCAUUUUAUUUUAGGUUUAUUUGAUAUUAAAUAACUGCCUAAAGUUGACAUAAUUAGUAACGGUCAUAGCUAGAAUUCAAAUCCAGAUCUAACUCUAAAGACCAUGAUCUUUCUACGGUAAAGUACUCAAAGAAUAUAAAAUUCAUCUGUGUUCAAGAGAGCAUGGUGUGUGUGUUUAGAAAUAGAGCACAUGAGGUUUAUAAUGUUCAUAAAUAUUUGCCAGUUGAUUGAAUGACAGAAGGAUGAUUAUGGAAGAAAAGAAUUCUAGAAUCAGCCAGUAAGUACCCUGAGUUGAUUUUAUGAGACACAUGUUCUUCAAACAAUUUAUGUAGUGCCAAUCCUUCUCUUAUUUAAUUAUCUUUGUAUUUUUAUACCUUAGUUACAUUAUUGAUCCCCAGAAAGGGAAGAGACAUGAAAUUAGUACGAAAUGGAAAGUAGCUUGCUCGCAAAGAUUCUGCCUGACAAAACAUUCCCUAGCAGGAAUGGUGAGCCAUUCAUUCAAUCAAUCAAUAUAUUGUAUACUUCAAAUUCAGUCACUCAUUUACUCAUUCAUUCAUUCACUCAACAAACUUUAAUGGAGCACUGGCUUUUGUGCUUGCACAGUCUAGAUAUUGGGGACACAGUGGUCAAUAAGACAAAGUCCCUGCUGACAUUAAGUUUACAUUCUAGUAAGAGAGGAUAAAUAAAUAAGUAAAUGAAUAAAAUAUUUUCAUAUAUUGACAGGAGCUCCAAGGGUGGGGGGGAGAUGUGAUAGAGCAUACUACUUUAUGUUGAGAAUGUACCAUACUCAACUUUCCUCCUUUCAGAAGUUUCUAAGUAGGAGGCUAUUUCUAGUACAUUGUUGACAUUAAGGCAUUAUUAUAAAUUCUUUAUACUUUUUAUGCACUUAUAUUUUUGGAAGCAUAACACUGUCUUAUCCCUAAAUUAGCAUGCCUCUGCUCUUUUUUCUGCUAGCGUAGGUAAGGAGGUUCCAUCUUGUUGUGGAUUGAAUUGUGUCCCCCAGAAACGUGUGUUAACUGGGGUAGGCCAUGAUUCCCAGUAUUGUGUGAUUGCCUACCAUUUUGUCAUCUGAUAUGAUUUUCUUAUGUGUUGUAAAUCCUACCUCUAUGAUGUUAAUGAGGCAGUUAUGGUAAUGAGGCAGGACUCAAUCUAUAAGAUGAAGUUGGGUUUUAAGCCAAUCUCUUUUGAGAUAUAAAAGAGAGAAGCAAGCAGAAAGACAUGAAGACCUCCUACCACCAAGAAAGCGGCACCAGGAACAGGGCAUGUCCUUUGGACUUGGGGUUCCAGCAAACAAAAAGCUCCUGGACCAGGGGAAGAUCGAUGACAAGGACUUUCCCCCAGAGCUGACAGAGAAACUCUUCCCCUGGAACUGAUGCCCUGAAUUCGGACUUCUAUCCUACUAGACUUUAAGAGAAUAAAUUUCUCUUUGUUGAAGUCGUCCACUUGUGAUAUUUCUGUUAUAGCAGCACUAGGUAACUAAGACACAUCUUAAAGACAAAUUAAUGGAUAUUAGUUUUUCCUUGGUUCAAUAAACGUUAUGUUAUUCCUCUUGAAUUUACGUACUAAAUUUAUGAAGAUGGAAAAUGCACUGUUCUUCUUUAGAAGCUUACAGUCUAGUGGAGAAACAGUCACACAAACCAAUCAUUAUAGGUGUGGUAGAUACCACAAUAGAGGUGUAUGUAGUGUUUUUCAAUAUAAAAAGAAUGGUGUGAUCUCUGGAAAGUGGGAAAGGCCUCACCAGAAGUAUUCAUGCCUCCGGAGAUUUCCCUUCUACUUUUUUACAGGGUAGUAAUAAAGAGCUACGGCUGUUAACCAAAAGGUCAGCAGUUUGAAUCCACCAGCCUGCUCAUUGUUAACCCUAUGUGGCAGUUCUGCUCUUUCCUAUAGGGUCACUGUGAGUCAGAAUCAACUCACCAGCUACAGGUUUUUGUUUUUGUUUUUUUAAUGCAUAGUACAGUGUAGUUAUCACUAUUUGAACAGGGAUAUCUAUGCUGCAAAAACAAACCCUGAGAACAGGUUUAUGAUUUUCAGCUGCAGAGCAAAAUAAACAAGUGGUAUCUGACUUGGUGGACAUGAGGAAGUUGAAUUUCUCCUCCAAGUAGAGGGUGAAAAAGCAUUAUGCUGCUCUUUGUUAACUGUUGCCUUUCUCUCCUGUUUCUCUCACACAUCUGAUCAUAUGACGUGAGAAGAUAAAAAGUUCUAAAGGAAUGCUGCGUAGCAAAUUUUACCAGUUUGGUUUUGAAAUGGGGGUGGUAGUGUGUGUAUGGGAUUGUAAGAAGGGAAUUUUUCUUUUUUUUAGUUGAGAAUAACAUACUCUGAUGACCUGCAGUUAGGAGCCUAGACAAUUCCCAGUCAUAAUCCCAGGCAUAGAUAUAUAAUGCAUCCUACUACAAUACCAGAUAGGCACUGUCACAAAUACAGCAUACUAGAGUGAUAUGAGAUUAAUACCAGUACAACUCGAAUGGGCGACAUGACCAUGGAGAAAACAAUAUGAUUUGUAAUUCUUUUGUCUUAGAGAAUUAAAAUUGUUUGAGACUAAGGCAGAUACCUAAAGAGAAAGUGCAACCAUACCAACAAAUGCAGAGCACACUCAUGCUAGAGUAUGGUAUGAGGAGAAAUGAAACCAACAUAACAUAAUUUAGGACAUAAGUAUGCUUAGAGAAUUGAAGAAACUGAAGAAGGGGUUAUUUCCUCUUAUGAAGUUAAUGUAAAUAUUAAAUCAAAAAAGACUGGUGGUGCAUAAAGAUUUAAUACAUAAAUAUAAGAAGAAGAAAUAAAAGAAAAAUAGCAGCAGCAGAAUUAAAAGUGAUAGCAAGCCUUUAUAGAAUAAUAAUUGACCUGUAAAGUAAAUUGACUUGACAGCACUGGGUUUUAAAGUAAAUUGCAGCACAUUUACUCCUGAAACCAUCUUCCUACAGAAGAUGAUUUUUAACUUAGAAAAAACUUCACGAAACUGAAGAAGAGGAUAGUAAACUUCUGGUAAAGACGAUAGAUUGGACAUACGUAUUCACUUCUGACGCCCCAUUAAUUUGAUAGAAGAAAGUAGUUUUUAAAAGGCAUGAGUAAAGAAACAGGAGAGGAAUGAAUAAGCACAAAAUUCUGGAAGCUCAAGAGCAGAUGGAUGUGUAAUAACUGGUUUAGCAGACCGAGAGAACUGAAUUCUUCACUGACAAUGAGGAAACUGGGAAGAAAACUAAUUUACGCCUUUGAAAUGCCCAAAGGCUCGGAAAUAAGCAGAUUCAGGUAUCUCUGGAAUGGAUGGGCAGGGGAGGUGAAGGAAAUGGUAAGUGCAGGUUGAACUCAGAAUACAAAGACUAAAUGAACGUCUGUUUAACCAGUUAGAUUCCUAAGCUCUCUUCCACAUUACAUAGUCGGGUGGUGAUGUUUCUUUCACCUAGCAGAGAAGACUGGAGGUUUAUCCUUUGGAGUGGAUAAAACUGAAGGUCUUUGGAUUUAGGGAAAUCCAGCAUAGUCGGGGCAGGGGUAUCAUAUAGAGUUGGAGAUUGAAUGAAAGCUUAUUACAUACCGAAUAUUAUGAUCGCCCUGUCACUAUGAGUCGAAAUUGACAAGAUGGCAGUGGGUUUUCCCAGCCAUCUUUACUCACUUGGCUAUUUAACCAAUGAUGUAAACAAUUAAAAGGGAUUCCCUCAUGGAAUGGCUUGGCGACUUAGCUGGAUCCCUCUACGGUGAAAUCCACCGUUAACAAGCCCCACUCAAUUGACAAAGCAUUUUAAUGUUCUACUCUUAAUAUGAGAGUGUGGCUGAGAGUCACCAGACAUUUAGGAAAGCCUUUAUUUGGAAUGAUAGAGACCCAAACAAAUAAGCAGAAAAAAAAGCAAACUCUGCAGGAGAAAGGAAACUUAAAAAUAUUAUAAUUUCUUCAGAGAAGUAAAUGAAGAUAAUGUCUCAAUGUCACAAGGUCACUGUAAAAAAAAAAAAAAUUUCAGAAAACAAAAUGAGCUCUUGUAAAUUAAAAUGGAAACUGAAAACCUCAAUUAGAAGAACUAGAAGGUAAGGUUGAGGACAUCUCACAGAAAGUAGAGAAAAGAAGAUAGAAAAUAGGAGAGAAAUGAUUACAGAAGAUACAAGAUCUGAAUAAUAGGAAUUCCAGACAGAACAGAAGAGUCGAGGGAGGACAUCUUCACUAGAUAUGGAGUCUGGAGAACGGCUACCAUCCUCAGCAGCCUCCUCUACUGCACCAACUUCAUCUUCUACACCUCCUGUGGCUUCAGCAGUUUCUAAAGGCGGCCUUUCUACCGGAGCUGCUUCGCUUAGCUCUACAGUCAACCCAUGUGGACAUUUAUUCAGAGCAGCUGGGGAUCAACCGUUUAACCUGUCCACAGUGUCGAGUGCCUUCCCAAUGGUCAGCCACCCAGUCUUUGGUCUACAUUCAGCCAGCUCAGGGCAUUCAGAAUUUGGUGGUUUGGGAACACUUGGUACACCCACAGCCUUAGCCGCACAUCCCCAACUAGCAUCUUUUCCAGGUGCAGAAUGGUGGCGAACAGCAGAUAUUCCUACUCGUACAGGGGCAACCUUCUUUCCACCCUUACUGGGAAUUCCACCACUGUUUGCUCCUCCAGCCCAGAAUCAUGAUUCUUCUUCAUUCCAUUCAAGGACUUCAGGAAAAAGUAAUCGAAAUGGUCCUGAAAAAGGUGUAAAUGGGUCAAUAAAUGGAAACAGUACAUCAUCUGUAUCUGGUAUCAGCACAUCUGUACUAUCCACUACUGCUUCAAGUUCCACGGGACAAACUAAAACUGUAAGCUCAGGUGGAGGAAAUCGAAAAUGUAAUCAGGAACAAAGUAAAAGCCAGCCUCUGGAUGCUAGAGCUGACAAAAUCAAAGAUAAGAAACCAAGGAAAAAAACUAUGGAAAGUUCUAGCAACAGUGAUAGUGAUUCGGGCACAUCAUCAGACACCUCAAGUGAAGGCAUUAGUAGUAGCGAUUCAGAUGACUUAGAGGAAGAUGAAGAGGAAGAAGAUCAAAGUAUUGAAGAAAGUGAAGAUGAUGAUUCUGAUUCAGAGAGUGAAGCACAACACAAAAGUAACAACCAGGUGCUAUUACAUGGUAUUUCAGACCCAAAAGCAGAUGGACAGAAAGCAACUGAAAAAGCCCAGGAAAAAAGAAUACACCAGCCAUUACCUCUUGUGUCUGAAUCCCAGACUCACUCAUCAUUCCAAUCCCAGCAGAAGCAGCCUCAGGUUUUGUCACAGCAGCUUCCAUUUAUUUUCCAAAGCUCUCAGGCAAAGGAGGAAUCUGUGAACAAACACACCAGUGUAAUACAGUCUACGGGAUUGGUGACCAAUGUGAAACCUUUAUCUUUGGUAAAUCAAGCCAAAAAGGAAACUUACAUGAAACUCAUAGUUCCUUCUCCUGAUGUACUUAAAGCAGGGAAUAAAAAUACCUCUGAAGAAUCUAGUUCUUUGACCAGUGAAUUGCGAUCCAAACGGGAACAAUGUAAACAGACAUUCCCAGCACAGUUAAAGAAACAGGAGUCAUCUAAGAGCCUGAAGAAGGUUAUUGCAGCUUUGUCAAAUCCAAAAGCAACCUCUAGUUCACCAGCACAUCCAAAACAAACAUUAGAAAAUAACCACCCUAAUCCAUUCUUGACAAAUGCACUUUUAGGUAAUCACCAACCAAAUGGAGUUAUUCAAAGCGUCAUUCAAGAAGCUCCUCUAGCACUUACUACCAAAACUAAAAUACAGAGUAGGAUUAAUGAAAACAUUGCUUCUGUAAGUAGCACCCCUUUUUCCUCACCUGUAAAUUUGAGUACAAGUGGGAGAAGAACCCCUGGCAAUCAAACACCUGUAAUGCCCUCUGCCUCUCCUAUACUGCAUAGUCAAGGGAAGGAAAAAGCAGUUAGCAAUAAUGCAAACACACUACAAACACAGCAUCACCCUCAUCCUGCAAAAUCCUUAGUGGAACAGUUCAGAGGAACAGAUUCAGACAUUCCCAGUAGUAAAGAUUCUGAAGAUUCAAAUGAGGAUGAAGAGGAAGAAGAUGAGGAAGAUGAUGAAGAUGAUGAAUCUGAUGACAGCCAAUCAGAAUCAGAUAGUAAUUCAGAAUCAGAUACAGAAGGAUCAGAAGAAGAAGAUGAUGAUGAUGAUAAAGACCAAGAUGAAUCAGAUAGUGAUACUGAAGGAGAGAAAACUUCCAUGAAACUGAAUAAAACUGCUUCCUCUGUCAAAAGCCCUUCCAUGAGUCUCUCAGCCCACUCAACACCUCGUAACCUCCACAUAGCAAAAGCCCCAGGCUCUGCUCCUGCUGCCUUAUGUUCUGAGUCCCAGUCACCUGCUUUUCUUGGCACACCUUCCUCCACACUUACUUCAAGUCCGCACUCUGGCACUUCCAAAAGAAGAAGAGUAACAGAUGAACGUGAACUACGUAUUCCUUUGGAAUAUGGCUGGCAGAGAGAGACAAGAAUAAGAAACUUUGGAGGGCGCCUUCAAGGAGAAGUAGCAUAUUAUGCUCCAUGUGGAAAGAAACUUAGGCAGUACCCCGAAGUAAUAAAGUAUCUCAGCAGAAAUGGAAUAAUGGAUAUCUCAAGGGACAAUUUCAGCUUCAGUGCAAAAAUAAGAGUGGGUGACUUCUAUGAAGCCAGAGAUGGACCGCAGGGAAUGCAGUGGUGUCUUUUGAAAGAAGAGGAUGUCAUUCCCCGUAUCAGGGCAAUGGAAGGCCGUAGAGGAAGACCACCAAAUCCAGACAGACAGCGAGUAAGAGAGGAAUCCAGAAUGAGACGUCGAAAGGGUCGACCUCCAAAUGUUGGCAGUGCUGAAUUUUUAGAUAACACAGAUGCCAAAUUGCUACGAAAACUGCAAGCUCAAGAAAUAGCCAGGCAAGCAGCACAAAUAAAACUUUUGCGAAAACUUCAAAAGCAGGAACAGGCUCGGGUUGCAAAAGAAGCUAAGAAACAGCAAGCAAUAAUGGCUGCUGAGGAGAAGCGAAAACAAAAAGAACAGAUAAAGAUUAUGAAACAACAGGAAAAAAUUAAGAGAAUACAACAAAUCAGAAUGGAAAAAGAACUUCGAGCGCAGCAAAUUCUAGAGGCUAAAAAGAAAAAGAAGGAAGAAGCGGCAAAUGCCAAAUUAUUGGAGGCCGAGAAACGAAUAAAGGAAAAAGAAAUGAGACGACAACAGGCUGUUCUUCUGAAGCAUCAGGAGUUGGAGAGGCAUAGACUAGAUAUGGUAUGGGAACGAGAGAGAAGGCGACAACAUAUGAUGCUUAUGAAAGCUAUGGAAGCUCGUAAAAAAGCAGAAGAAAAGGAACGGUUGAAGCAAGAAAAACGUGAUGAGAAAAGAUUAAAUAAGGAACGCAAACUAGAACAAAGAAGAUUAGAGUUAGAAAUGGCAAAGGAACUAAAGAAGCCUAAUGAAGACAUGUGCUUAGCAGACCAAAAGCCUUUGCCAGAGUUGCCUCGUAUUCCAGGACUUGUUCUCUCUGGAAGUACAUUUUCAGACUGUCUCAUGGUGGUGCAGUUCUUACGAAACUUUGGUAAAGUUUUGGGCUUUGAUGUGAAUAUUGAUGUUCCAAACCUGAGUGUUCUUCAAGAGGGAUUGCUAAAUAUAGGGGACAGCAUGGGUGAAGUACAAGACUUGCUUGUGAGGCUCCUCUCAGCUGCUGUAUGUGAUCCAGGUCUAAUUACAGGAUACAAGGCCAAAACAGCUCUUGGAGAGCAUUUGCUGAAUGUUGGUGUCAAUCGAGACAAUGUUUCCGAGAUUUUGCAGAUUUUCAUGGAAGCCCACUGUGGACAAAGCGAGCUUACCGAAAGCCUGAAGACCAAAGCUUUUCAGGCCCACACGCCAGAGCAGAAAGCCUCAGUCCUGGCUUUCCUGAUCAACGAACUAGCAUGCAGCAAGAGUGUGGUGAGUGAAAUCGACAAGAACAUUGAUUAUAUGUCAAACUUGAGGAGAGAUAAGUGGGUGGUAGAAGGUAAACUUCGCAAGCUCAGAAUCAUUCAUGCUAAGAAAACAGGGAAAAGAGAUGCUUCAGGUGGCAUUGAUCUCGGGGAAGAACAACAUCCCUUGGGCACGCCCACUCCAGGACGCAAGCGAAGAAGAAAGGGAGGAGACAGUGAUUAUGAUGAUGAUGAUGAUGAUGAUAGUGAUGACCAAGCUGAUGAAGAUGAUGAGGAUGAAGAAGAUAAAGAAGACAAAAAAGGAAAGAAGACUGAUAUCUGUGAAGAUGAGGAUGAAGGUGAUCAAGCAGCAAGUGUUGAAGAGCUAGAAAAACAGAUUGAAAAACUGAGUAAACAACAGAGUCAGUACAGACGGAAGCUCUUUGAUGCUUCUCACUCUUUACGUUCAAUGAUGUUUGGCCAAGAUCGUUAUAGACGCCGAUACUGGAUUCUUCCUCAGUGUGGAGGGAUUUUUGUAGAAGGCAUGGAGAGUGGUGAAGGACUAGAAGAAAUUGCAAAAGAAAGAGAAAAACUAAAAAAGGCAGAAAGUAUCCAGAUCAAAGAAGAAAUGUUUGAGACUCCUGGGGACACUUUAAAUUGUUUAAAUACAGAUCACUGUGAACAAAAGGAAGAUCUUAAAGAAAAAGACAACACAAAUCUAUUUCUUCAAAAACCUGGCUCUUUUUCCAAAUUAAGCAAGCUUUUAGAAGUAGCUAAAAUGCCCCCUGAGUCAGACUCUAUGACCCCCAAACCAAAUGGUAGUGCAAAUGGGUGUACAUCGUCUUCUCAGAACAGUGGGAAACAUUCACUGGGCAGCCUUCAGUCAACAGCAACACAAAGCAAUGUGGAAAAGACAGACUCUAAUACUCUGUUUAGUCCUGGUUCAAGUGGUCCAGGGAAGUUCUAUAGUCCUCUCCCCAGUGACCAGUUGUUAAAAACGCUGACUGAAAAGAAUAAACAGUGGUUUAGCCUUUUGCCCAGAACACCUUGUGAUGACACUUCACUUACCCAUGCUGAUGUGUCAGCUGCACCUUUAGUGGCUCCUCAGCCUCAGCCACCACCUAAGUCACCUUCACCUGCCCCAGCUCCUCUUCUCGGAUCAUCUUCCUCUCAGAAUCCUAUUGGCCUAAAUCCAUUUGCCCUAUCACCUCUUCAGAUAAAAAGUGGCGUAUCUAUGAUGGGACUUCAGUUUUGUGGGUGGCCCACAGGUGUACUUACUUCCAAUAUUCCAUUUACAUCAUCACCUUUACCUAGUCUGGGAUCAGGGUUGGGAUUAUCAGAAGGAAAUGGCAAUUCAUUCUUGACUCCCAACGCUGCUUCAAGUAAAAGUGAAUCUCCAGUGCCACAGAAUGAAAAAGUUUCUUCAACUCAACCUGCAGCUGUUGAAGUAGCAAAACCAGUAGAUUUUCUUAGUCCAAAACCUAUUCCAGAAGAAAUGCAGUUUGGUUGGUGGAGAAUUAUUGACCCAGAGGACCUAAAAGCUUUGCUCAAAGUGCUACAUCUCAGAGGAAUAAGAGAAAAGGCAUUACAAAAGCAAAUUCAGAAACACUUGGAUUAUAUUUCUCAAGCCUGCAUCAAGAAUAAGGAUGUUGCUAUUAUUGAAUUAAAUGAAAAUGAAGAAAACCAGGUAACUCGAGAUAUUGUGGAGAACUGGUCAGUAGAAGAACAAGCGAUGGAAAUGGACUUGAGUAUUCUUCAACAGGUAGAAGAUCUAGAACGGAGAGUUGCAUCAGCAAGUUUGCAAGUAAAGGGUUGGAUGUGUCCAGAGCCUGCAUCAGAAAGGGAGGACUUGGUAUAUUUUGAACAUAAGUCAUUUACUAAAUUGUGCAAGGAGCAUGAUGGAGAAUUUACUGGCGAAGAAGAAAGCAGUGCACAUGCACUAGAACGGAAGAGUGACAACCCCCUAGAUAUAGCUGUAACCAGGCUGGCUGAUUUGGAGCGGAACAUUGAAAGAAGGUAUCUGAAGAGCCCCUUAAGUACCACCAUUCAGAUCAAACUGGAUAAUGUGGGCACAGUUACUGUCCCUGCUCCUGCACCAUCCAUUAGUGGUGAUGGUGACGGAAUUGAAGAGGAUAUUGCUCCAGGGCUCAGGGUCUGGAGAAGGGCAUUAUCAGAAGCUCGCAGUGCUGCGCAGGUAGCUCUGUGCAUUCAGCAGUUACAGAAAUCAAUAGCAUGGGAAAAAUCAAUUAUGAAAGUUUACUGCCAGAUCUGUCGAAAGGGAGACAAUGAAGAGCUGCUCCUUCUCUGUGAUGGCUGUGACAAAGGUUGUCAUACAUACUGCCAUAGACCCAAGAUUACUACUAUACCAGAUGGGGACUGGUUUUGUCCAGCUUGCAUUGCUAAGGCAAGUGGUCAAACUCUAAAAAUCAAAAAACUUCAUGUCAAAGGAAAAAAGACAAAUGAGCCGAAGAAAGGCAAGAAAGUACCUUUAGCAGGGGAUACUGAAGAUGAAGACUCUGCAUCUACAAGCAGUUCCCUAAAAAGAGGAAACAAAGACCUCAAAAAAAGAAAAAUGGAGGAAAACACUUCUAUUAACUUGUCAAAACAGGAAAGUUUUACUUCUGUUAAAAAACCUAAGAGAGAUGACUCCAAGGACCUAGCUCUUUGCAGUAUGAUCCUGACUGAAAUGGAAACUCAUGAGGAUGCAUGGCCUUUUCUACUUCCUGUAAACUUGAAACUUGUUCCUGGUUAUAAGAAAGUUAUUAAGAAACCUAUGGAUUUUUCCACAAUUAGAGAGAAACUAAGUAGUGGACAGUAUCCGAACCUUGAAACCUUUGCUCUAGAUGUCAGGCUUGUUUUUGACAACUGUGAAACAUUUAAUGAAGAUGAUUCGGAUAUAGGCAGAGCUGGCCACAGUAUGAGGAAGUAUUUUGAAAAAAAGUGGACAGAUACUUUCAAAGUGAGCUGAAGUUAUAAUAAUCUUUCCUUUUUUUUUUUUUUCCUUUCAAACAAGGACAAAUGAGACCAGCAAUGUGAACUGUAUUUACAUAAACGUGCAAGGCACAUACAUAAUGACUUUUUUUCCUUAAAAUAAAUAUCACAGAAAAAAAGUAUCAGAAGAAUGAUACCAUUUUUAAAGGCUUCACUCCUACAACAACCAAGGCCCUUGGUUAUUGGUUUAUGUGAUUUAUCAGCUAAUUUAGGUAGAACAGGGAAGCACACCCAAAGAAUUUUCAAAGGAAAGGGUGUUAUAGUGCAAUAGCAAUUAAAAUAUAUCAAAUCGCACUGAAUAUUCAACACCAGAGCUCUAACUUGGGAAUGGUUCUCCUUUCCCUCUCAAUAAAUAUCUAUUUUUCAUUUUUUUACUUUGUAGUUUAUUUUUUAGUGAAUGUAUUUAAUUUUAUGAAUUAUUUAUGAUUAAACCACAUCCAGAAUCUUCGUUUUCUGUGAAAAGGAAGAACUAGAAAAAUUGCUUUAAAUCUUGAAAAUACAACAAGGAAUGUUUUAAAAUAUAAAACAAAGCCAAGUUAAACUGUUUACACUGAUGUGCUAUAAAAGCACCAAAAAUAAACUUUACUGUAGAGUUACAAGUACAUUUAUAUAUAUGUUGCUGCAUCACUUGUGUAGUUAAAUUGUAUUUCAAGACAGUGAAGAAAAAUUAACGUGUAUAUACUGUUCAUUAUUGUUUAUAUUAAGUCUUGUUUUAAAUAUGUAUUAUGUGUAUAUAUUGUUUGCAGACAUUAUUGUUUAUGCCUUAGAAGGACUGUAGCAUUUUAUUUUAGUCUGAAGGUAAUUAUAGCUAUAUAGCUUGUACAGUAAUUAUCCUCUACCUACACUGUGGGGUCUCCUUAAUCUUGGUAGUGCCUGCCUUUGAAACAGGGUGUAGGGGAUAUUAGUUUUCCAUUUUUCUAUUUUGUUAUAUAAUUUCAAGCCACCAGGGCCUAAAUUAAAGUAUAAUCAUUUGUAUCCAUGUGGAAUAAAAUUGUGACAAUUUCCUACGCACACAGUAUUUUUUCAUAGAAACAUUUCCCUCCCAUUUGCCUUGCCUCAAAAAUAAAUUUAAAAGACAUUUGUAACCACUGUGUUUUAUCUACUGUGUGUUGGUUGUGGUGGCCUGUUGGAGGCAAAUAGAUCAGAAUUUUUUUUGUACCUAUGUAAGAGUACUUGAAAUUUUAUUUAAAAUAAAAUGUUGUGGAAAAGGUAGCAUUCUUUUUUUUAGGAGUGUUAUUUUUCACUACUAUGUGUCGCACGGAUACAAUAAAAGACUUUUACAAACAAGUUUUUUAGUUUUUCUUAAUGGACCUGAAAAUAUAUUCUUUUCAGAAAGGCAGUUAAUUUAAAUUUGGUUUUUACAGAAUCAUACAGCAGUGUGAUUGAAAAGACAUUGUGCUGGGUGGAGGAGGGUGGAUUUGAGUCAUGUGAUGUGACCUUCAUGAGUCUUUUAACCUCUCUGGCCCUCGUUUUAUUUCUUAUUUCACAUCUUUAAUAUGCAGAUAUUAAGGUACAUUUUUAAGGUCUUGUUCUGAUAUGAGAAAUGUCUCUAGUGGCAGACACAUAAUCCAGUUGUCAGUAAGAAAUAUUGAUCGUAUAAAUUAGUUUAAGUCAUGAGAUACAAAGUCAAGCAUUCCAGAAAUACAGUUUGACACCUUGUGGGGUCUUCCACGGGGCUCUGGGAAAUCACUGGUAAACAAGACAAGCAUAGGCCCUGCCCACGUGGAGCUUACAGCCUAGUGGUCCUUAGGUAAUGAACUCUGCUUUUAAUAGUGAAGGGAGAAUAAAAAAAACUUUGAAGGAAAUAUUUUUAACUUUAAAAUGCUUUGAAGCCACAGAAUGUUUUCCAAAAUCCCUAGAGUUUUUGAAGACUUGUAUGAAAAUCAGGUGUUACUAUGUAAAUGUGUCAGUUUCUGUUACCCACAUAUUACAGUGAUGCUUUAAGGGGGCUCAUGCUGAAUCAAAAAUACCACGUGGAGCAGGAAAUGAGGUGGCACUAUGAAUAACAUGUUGGGAUUUUGUAUUGAUAGAACUGCCAGAAGAUGUUCUGUGGGGAUUCUUCUGCGAUUUGGGUUUUUUGCCUUAGAAAUUAUAAUGCUUAUGUUAAUUUGUUAGAUGGCAUAUAAGGGCCUUGAUAUUAAUGCCUGCGUAGAGGCUCAUGGCACUGGGUUGUUUUGGGGGGUAGAGGCUCAUAAAGGAGAAGUUGAUAUUUGAACACACACAUACACACACAAAGCAGACAGUUUUUCAAGAGUAUCAUUUUCUUUUAAGGAUAAAGCUGUCUCUGAAAAAAGAAAAACCUGAUGAAUAUUGGCUAUUUGGGACUGGCAUAUACAUUGUUCUUACACAAAAGGAGUAGCUAUUUAGGAAGUAGGGGGCAUGAAUCUAAGAUCCCAAAAGGGCUGAAAUUGUACUAGGGGCUGAUUGCUACUAUACGUUUGUGGAUCACUUGUUAUGUAAACGACGAGUACAUUUAUAUGCCCUAAGUUGGGUAUAUUGUCAGUUAAAGCCAAUGUCAUUGUUCUCCUCAAAUAUAAAAAAAAAUUAUCCUAACCCUCUGCUUUCAAUAAGAAAAAUUAGGCUUUAACCUAAACCUUCUCCUUUUAGUCCUAAUUGCUGUAUAAAAAUAGAUUGUAAAAAAAAAAAAAACUGGUUUGCCCUGAAGUUUAGAUUUAAA